UCUCGAUUCAAUUCCUCGAUUUCCUUUUUUUAACAAUCCAAGUUUCAACGCAUUGGUUUCUCGCGUUUGGAGCAUCACGAAAAUCAUAGCCACAUAAGUGCAUCCGAGACCCCCAGCGUUAUUGACAAAUCGACUGGCUCAAUUCAGCUCUUUAAAUCUCUCCAUACACCUAGAUACUCCAAUAGCUUCGCUGUCAACUGGUGUCAGACCUUCACUACAUCCCGACUUCAAGAAACUUUGCCUCGUGGCGAAAAGCUUUUAUUGAGAUUCAGGGUCCUUCGCUCACUUAUUAUUCUCAACUAGCCAUCCUGGUCUAAACACUCGCGAUAACGACUUAAUUCAUAAAGCGAAUAUCAAACUUCAUACACAUACACACGACUCUCCUUAAAAAAACCCAACACACGAAACGCCGCAAAGAAACACGGUCGUCUUUUCCUUUUUAUUUUUUCGAGUACUGGUACUUAUUCGCUGAAAUCGACUUUUUGGCUUGUCAAUUGGUAAUUCUCUCCCGAGACCAAGGUUCAGCCGAUUUUGGUAUGCAACCUUUUCUAUCCCAGUCAAGCUUCAUGAUAUGAUAUGAUAUGACAUGACAUUCCACACUCGCCCACUCCUCAUUCCUCAUUCCUCGCCGUUGACCAAAACAAAAGUUUAUCCUUAUCCAAAGUGUUCUUGCUAAUCUUCACCAUCAUUAUCAGAUUGUGUUUACAGUGCGACGAAUACAAAGGUCGAUUCGAACAGGAAGCAUUGAGAAAAACAACAUCAAAACAAUACAUAACAAUUGAUACUCAAACACGAUCAGGUAGAUUAUCAAUCUGUUGGAUUAUAUCGAAGCCAAGGACCAAGGAAUCUGAAGAUCGCCUUGCAUUACUCGACAUAGUCACAACCCGAAAAUCUACCCCAACCUUUCCAACUAGGAAAACACCCAUGAGAUCUUCCAGAGGUGGCUCAUCAUGGUGAACUCGAAUGAGUCUGAGCAUUCGAAGCGCACGAGUGCACAGGUAGCUCCUCUUACAAUACAAAAGGGUCGAACGCGUGGGAAUAGCAACGCAUCUUCCAAAAAACACAAAAGGAAUACUUCAUCCAAAGGUGGUAGCCAAACAACUUCUACCGGAAAUCAAUCACAAAUUACACCUCCUGCCACUCCCAAUGGUUCUCAAGAGAACUUGAAUCAAAUGGAACCUCCUCCACCUGUGUUUCACAGCUUCCUAAGGGCCUUUUACCCUUUCCACCCUGCAUACGCUAUAUCGGAUUCGACAGUCACGCUUCCAUUGAAUGAAGGGGAUGUGGUUUUAGUACAUUCGAUACAUACCAACGGUUGGGCAGAUGGCACAUUACUUGUUUCCGGCGCGCGUGGUUGGUUGCCCACGAACUAUUGCGAGGCCUACGACCCAGAUUCCAUGAGGAAUUUACUAAAGGCAUUACUAAACUUUUGGGAUCUUUUACGGAGUGGUUUAACUAGUGAUAGUGAAAUAUUUGGAAAUCAACAAUUUAUGCGAGGGAUUAUUGCUGGUGUUAGAUAUCUACUGGUGGGUAUUUUUUCGGCAUUGUGAAUGAUAAAUCCUUGCUGAUACGGGAAUAGGAAAAAUCGAACUGCCUAACUCGUGAAUCACCAAUUGUACAGAGCAAUGAUAAUCUUCGAAAGAAUAGAAAGGCCCUUUUGUCCGACCUCUCAGCGCUGGUCAAAACAGCCAAGCAACUACAGGACUUUGCUACUUCUCCUCCAGCGAAAACCGACGCGGAGAGCGUCAACGACAUCAUCGAUGAGAUGAUUUUGAAGGCUUUCAAAAUUGUUGUGAGGGGUAUAAAAUUCUUGGACAACUUGGAAGAGGACGCCAAACUUCGACAGCCCCUCCAUAAAGUCAUGGCAACCGUUGCUGAGGAAUCAUAUGUUCCACCCACGCCACCAGCGGACUCGACGUCAUUUAGCGGGGCACCGCAUACAGACCCUGCAGACGACACGGCAUCCCACAGAAGCUCUAUCCGAAGUUCGGCAAGCGGCGCUUCUAGUUCCCUGCCAUCGGAAGAGCAGAAACAACAGUCGCACAAACGGAUAUCGACCGCGUACCCAGCUGUAACCUCGCGUCCAUUAUCUAUUUCUUCAACACAGGCUAAAAGGGCUUCCGUAUCUCACCGUGUUUCACUUAUAGCCUCCGUACCCACUGAACAACGUCAAAAUCUUGUUUCUGAGAGAUUAAACUGUGGUCAUGAUACCUUUCUCUCAUAUUUGGGAUCGUUCAUCGGACGGCUUCAUCUACAAAGCCAGUCUUCGCUAGAUUUACUCUCAUCAGUGAGGCAGUCAGUAACCGCCGGUCAAGGUUUAUUGAUUGUAGUCGAAGCAGUAUGUGCUCACGACAGCCAAAGCGCCGACUUGUUGAACAAUGCUCGGGACGCAAUGUAUGACAAGAUCAGUAAAUUAGCGUUGGCAGCUCGGGAUAUAGUUAGUUCAUCAGGUGUUGAUGAAGACGAUGUUGUAAUGGCUCAACAAAAUGGAGGAUUACUAAUGGCGGCCACAGGAUGUGUCAAAGCUGCCGGAGAGGUUGUAGCAAAGACCAAAUUUGUGAUCGAGCGGAUUGGGGACUUCGAAUUUGAGCAAGCGGAAGGCCUUGGAAUUAAAGUUGCCUCGAUAGAUGUCGUACCUGAACAUACGAUACAAGAAGAUGAAGUUGUUGAAGACACCCCAGAACAACCUUCAUCGCGCCCCCCUCCACCACCGUUAGUAAUUCCAAAUGUUUACGAGAAGCCAUUACCAGAAGUGCCCCUCGAUUCUCCGCCAGCAACAGAAAUCAAACGAAUGUCCAAUCGACUUUCGAAUACUUCUAUUCUACCUCCGCUGCCCAAAAUGGGUGCUCCUCUGAUGAGCCAGGAGGAUUACAGUCCUUCAGAUCGUGCUUCAACAAGCGAUGGAGAAUUUCAAUCAUACAGAUCAGCCAGUAUCGCAAUGUCCAGCACUGGAACUAGUAGCAGUUAUAUGCGGGAUUCAGAGAUCAGUAUGAUUUCGCAGACUUCUACCCGGGCGACUACACCAGACCUCACUUCGCACAAACCAAGAAACCAACCAUCUAUAUCAAGCAUCUGCAUGAGCGAAAGCCAAUCGACUUUUGCCGAUGAUCCAUAUGACCUCGAGUCAAAAAUGCUUGAGAAGACUUUCGCGCACGAGUUACUACAUAACAAAGAGGGUCAAAUCACAGGUGGUUCAAUUGCGGCAUUGGUAGAACGACUUACUACACACGAUUCAACUCCCGAUUCAAUGUUUGUUUCGACUUUCUACCUUACAUUCAGAUUAUUCGCCUCUCCCAUUGAGCUUGCCAAUGCUCUGGUUGAUCGUUUCGAAUAUGUCGGCGAGACUCCACAUAUCGCAGCGCCUGUGAGGUUGAGAGUCUACAAUGUAUUUAAGGGCUGGUUGGAAUCGCAUUGGAGAAAGGUCUCCGACUAUGCUGCACUGUCCAUCAUCGAAACCUUUGCGAAUGAUAAACUCAAGGCCGCUCUUCCUGCCGCGGGCAAGCGGCUUCAUGAGCUAGCGCAAAAAGUAUCUUCUAUAGAUGGAUCUUUAGUGCCCAGGCUCGUUUCUUCCAUUGGAAAGACUAGCACAUCAGUCGGUCAAUAUGUACCAGCAGAUGUACCGGUUCCUCCUGUCGUGGUAACCAAGAGCCAAGCUGCAGUUUUGAAGAACUGGAAAAUGGGUGGGAGCAAUCCUUCUAUCGUUGAAUUUGAUCCACUUGAAUUAGCCCGUCAGUUGACUAUUAAGGAGAUGAAUAUCUUUUGUUCCAUCAUGCCGGAUGAGCUUCUUGGAGCCACAUGGACUAAGGCCAGAAAAGGUGGUUCUAGCGCAGUGAACGUUAAAGCCAUGUCCACAUUGUCAACAGAUCUUUCUAAUCUCGUUGCGGACACAAUCUUGCAAUAUGAUGAUGUCAAGAAAAGAGGAGUCAUCAUUAGGCACUGGAUCAAGAUUGCGCACGAAUGCUUCAGGCUCAACAAUUAUGACUCGUUAAUGGCAAUCAUCUGUUCACUCAAUUCAUCUACUAUUGUCAGAUUAAAGAAGACUUGGGACUUGGUUCCUCAAAAGCGAAAGGAUAUGCUCAAGGCUUUACAAGCAAUUGUUGAGCCAGAGAAGAAUUACGCAGUUCUUCGACGCAGGCUUCAUGAUCACGUACCCCCAUGCCUUCCAUUCGUAGGUACCUACCUCACAGAUUUGACAUUUGUUGAUGCUGGUAACCCAGCCACAAAGCAAUUAGCUGAUGGUACAUCGGUAAUCAACUUUGACAAGCAUACCCGUACAGCCAAAAUAAUUGGCGAGCUACAGCGUUUCCAAAUUCCUUACCGUCUGGCAGAAGUUCCAGAACUUCAAGAGUGGCUUCAAGCUCAAAUUGUCCGCGUCAAAUCCGCCUCGGAUCAUGAAAAUGUUCAGCAAUACUACCGAAAGUCGUUACUUUUGGAGCCACGCGAUGUCUUGGUUACCAAGCCCAGUCCUGUGGACUCGGCAGUUUCCUUCACCUCUUCACAGGGAAAGGACAAAUUUGAUAUCUUUGGAUGGACUCACUCAUCAAAGGAUAAAACACAAACACCUAUCUAAGCAACUUUUGCCCUUUCUCUCACCUGUCAUCAAUUGCACUUACUCCGGAAUCGGAACACAUUACAUGCACAUCAUGACAUUCACUUGAUUUGAUACCCCCCUCCCACUUUGAAUAGCGUUUUAGCGAAUGAUCUUUUUACUCUCGGAGUUUACACACGGCGUUCUCGACAGCUCGCUCAUAGAAGCGCGACAGCUUCCAUUUUAUUUGUUUUACAUCACACUUUUACAUACUUGAAUACCAUCACAUUUGGGUAUCAAGAUUCCGCCCUGGGAGGGAUAAAAAAGCUUUUUUUAUACUCAUAAUUGUAUACUGGUCGAUCACGAAUUGUACAUCAUAUCUUUCCAAUUCUUUUAUUUUCUUUUCUAUCUUGUAUUGUUCUUAUUAGCGCAUCCCAGAUGGGUGCGCGGUGAAGGUUAUCAUGGUCUGUCUGGUAUGGUCGGGGAAGAUGUUGAGAUGGGUGGAGUUUGGGGAAAUUCAAACAGAGAACAUGCAUUUCGGUAUGGAAUCUCUCGAGAGAUUCAUUAAGAGAUAUCAAUAGGGAAGUGACCCCUGGUUAUUUGCAGCAUUAGCAAAGGCAAUUGAUAUACGGAUGAGCUCGCGCUCGGGUUCUAGUUAAUUUAUACGUUGGUAUUGGUAUUUUGACCAGUCGGAUGUAUGGAAUGGGAUGGGAGAAAUUAUAUAUUGUUUGUGUGGGUAAGAUCGGAGGACGGUGGGAAUGGAAUGGAAUGGAAUGGACAGGUUGGAAUGGAUUUUAGAUGAGGCUCAUGGAUAUGAUUAGAUGAGGUUGAUGGGAUGAAAUAGGGAAGAUGGACAAUAGUUAGAUACCAAUACCAGGCAGAAAGGAAAGGC